GGCUGCGGGCGCGGGGCCGACGAGCGCAGGUGGGAGCAGCCCUGCCGGCGGUGUCCGGGCGCGACCCCUUGUGAAAGGGAGGCUCCGGCAGCGCCCAGCCGCGAGGCGCCGCCGCCGCGGGAGCUCGGUGGGGACGGAAGGCUGGCGAGGCGGUGGCGGCUGGCUGCAGCCCGGCGCCCCCCGGCCGAGGCGAGGAGAGCCGGAGCAGCCUGCUGCGGGGAGCCUCCAUCCCGGCGGCCGGCAGCGCCGCACCGGGAGCGGGGCGGGGGGCUGCCGGCUCUCGAAGCGACGCAGGGCACCGGGCGGAGGGGAGCGGCGACAAGGGGACUCACCCGGGCUCGGCGGGACGGGGCUGGGGCCGCCGCUGCCGCCGCCUGGAGGUGGGGCGGUCAGGUUGUUCGGGCUCCCGGCGGCGUCGGGGGGCCGGGGGGACACAGCACCCGCCGCCGGGGAGAAGCGUCGAGGCUGUGCCGGGGCGGACAGAGGCUGCCGGGGGAAGAUGGUGCUCCUGGGGAAACAACACCCUCCUCUCCCCCGCCUCUCCCCGGCGCGGGCGGUCUGCUCGCCUUUGAUUGCGAGGCGAGGGCAUCCUGCCCCCGCCGCUCCCCCCUCCCGGGAUGGUUACAUACAAAGGCUGCUUUCCAGGAACUUUCCAGGAACCGCAUCAUGUGACAGGACCCGCUCCGGCGCCUCCGCCGCGAUCGCGGCCAGCCGGGGCCGACGCACCGAGCCGCCGCCCCUGUCACGCCGGGGCAGCGGUGGCCGAACGCGGCCCGUGGCCCCCCCGCCUCCUCCUCUCGGCCCGCGGAGCCGCGGGCGACGCGCAGGCAAAAAUCCCUUUCAUGACCAAGGAAGGAGACAACAACAUUUUUACAGUCCUGAGAAGUGCCUGUUACUAGAAAUGAUUUUCACUUUGUUCCUGAAAAGUAUGCCAAGUUUACUGGUGUUUGCUGGUGAUGUUACAAAGAGAAGCAGGCCUGGCAAGAGGGAGCAUGAGCUUUCCAGUGGAACAUGUGACAGCAGGGACCUGCUCAAGGAAACCCAGCGCUUGCUGGCGGAGCCAGUCCCUGGGAUAAAAGCAGAGCCAGAUGAAAGCAACGCACGCUAUUUUCAUGUGGUCAUUGCAGGUCCACAGGAUUCCCCCUUUGAGGGUGGGACAUUUAAACUUGAACUAUUCCUUCCAGAAGAAUAUCCAAUGGCAGCUCCUAAAGUACGUUUCAUGACCAAAAUUUACCAUCCUAAUGUAGACAAGCUGGGAAGAAUAUGUUUAGAUAUUUUGAAAGAUAAAUGGUCCCCAGCUUUGCAGAUUCGUACAGUUCUGCUAUCAAUCCAGGCUUUGUUAAGUGCUCCCAAUCCAGAUGAUCCACUAGCAAAUGAUGUAGCUGAGCAAUGGAAGACCAAUGAAGCCCAAGCCAUAGAAACAGCCAGAGCAUGGACUAGGCUAUAUGCCAUGAAUAAUAUUUAAAUGCGCUUUGAACAUCAAGUGUGCAUCACUUCUCCUGUUCUGCCAAGACCUCUUCCUUUUUUUGUUUGCAUUUAAUGGACACAGUCUUAGAAACAUUACAGAAUAAAAGCCCAGACAUCUUCAGUCCUUUGGUGAUUAAAUGCACAUUAGCAAAUCUGUGUCUUGUCCUAAUUCACUAUUGUACCGCAUGAGCAGAGGCUAGAAGUAUCAUCUGGAUUGUUGUGAAAUUGUUUGAAAGCAGCAGCACAUCUCUGCUUUUAAUCAUUUUUCCAGUCAUGGUUUAAGUAUAAGCACUGUGAAUGAAGGUAGGCAGGGUUAGCUGCGGGGCUUUUUGUUUUAAUUUUGUGGGCUCCUCCUCCCUUUUUAUGGUGAUGCUAAUUGCAUUGGUAAAAGCAGCUAACCAGUUAUAUUUUAGAAUAUACCCUCUAGCCCAGUCUAACUUAGACGCUGUAGAUGGACAAGCUUCAUUGUUUGAACAAAAAACGGGAACAUUAAACAUCCAUCACCUUCACUAAUAUUAUAGUGAUUCUGCUGUCAAGUGUAGAAAAAUCCCUCCAAGAAAAAGCUUGUGACCAUUUUGUAUGGCUUGUCUGGAAAAUCUCCUGUAAAUCUUAUGUUUUAGUAAAAUAUUUUUUGUUAUUCUA